AUGCCCGAGCCACCCUACCCCCUGCAUCCCUCGGUCGUCGACCGCAUCAACCCCGAGUACAAGGACUUUUACAACAAGUUUGUCUUCGAUAAGCAAGUUGUUCACCACCAGCCCAUCUCCGCGUCUCGUGCAAGCGGCACUCUGAUCCCGGGCGCCGGCCCUAAGCUCGAGGUCGCCAGCUCAGAGGAUUUCACCAUUCCGAGAAAAGAAACGCGCGGGCCUGACAUCCUCCUGCGAGCUUUCACGCCCUUGGGAGAAAGGCCGGCCAAGGGAUGGCCACUAUGCUUUUGGUUCCACGGCGGCGGUUGGGUCUUGGGCAACAUUGACACGGAGAAUGUCAUCGCCACGCACCUCUGCAACCGGGCGAAAUGCGUCCGCGCAACUAAGCGCCCAGACUUCCCGACCGUGGCAACACAGCUGCUCUCUGUGCCCGUCGCAGACAACACCGCCACAGUGGACUCGACGAAACCAGAGCACGCAUCGUGGAAGGAGAACGAGUUCACGCCCGCCCUGCCAGCGGAGAAAAUGAUGUGGUAUCGUUACCAUUACCUCCCCGACAAGGAAACUUGGGCGCACCCCGAGGCAAGCCCGCUUCUGUGGGAUGGCGAUUGGUCCAAGUUGCCUCCUGCUGUUGUGGUUGUUGGCGAGCUUGAUGUUUUACGAAGUGAGGGUGAGGCUAUUGGGAAGAAGCUUCAGGAUGCGGGCGUUGAGACGGAUGUGCAUAUCAUGAAGGGGCAGCCGCAUCCGUUCAUUGCUAUGGAUGAGGCUUUGGAAGAUGGUAGGAGGGCCAUCACGUACUUUUGCGAUAAGCUUAUAGAGCUGUUGUGA